AUGCCGCAGGAUGCAGAUCAAGUGGAGCGGGCUCCCUUACCGCCACAUCGCCAUGCUGCGCCUUCGGGCCCCUGGCCAUGGAUGGACUUGGGCUCGACGAUCCGCCCUGAACAACUUUCCUCUGAGCAACCGCCCGUCCCAGAGCCAUGCGACCAUUCCAGCUGUAAAGGAGCCUGCUGGGAGGAUUACCCUCGCUCUCGUUUCCCCAACUGGGAAAGCGACCAAACGAAGAGAGCGAAAAUCGAUGAAGCAGUUGCAUCGCCCGAAGCUUCCAGGGGCUCUGUUCUGUAUAUAGUGGAUACGGAUCGCAAUGGCAUCUUCCAUGGUCGCAAACCGAUUCAAAUUGCACGAGCAGAGGUCGAAGACUUUUGGAACCGUUACCUACUUAAAAAGAGAGACAAAGACGUGAAGGUUCGAUGCCUCUUUGUGGAGAAUAUGACUGGUCCUGUCCUUCAGAUGUUGGGCGCAAGGUACAACAUCGAACCAUUCUUCUUCUCUUCUUCUCUAAAUUGGAUACCAUCUCGGUACCAGGAAGACAUUCGACCUAAGGAGGGCGACCACAUUACAAUCACCUUACCAUUUUUGACCGUCUCACCGAAUCCCUUGAGCACAAUUCCAAAGAGGGUUAACACUUUUCGUUCAAUCGUCAGCGUUGGGAACGUCUAUUCUUCCGAGGGCCCGAAACACUCCUCCGCAUCAUUAGAUUCAGACACAGAUGACCAUCGCAUUCUCCUCCUAGACCUUCUUUCAGUACACUUCAUCAGAGAUUCUAAAUCUUCUACUAUCAUCUCGUACCAUCCCCGCCGGGAGCAAACAGAGAACGGGCACCCCAAGAAACUCUCUCAGCGUAUCCAUCUCGCAGGACAGUCAGUAUAUUGGCAAGGCCUCUUUUCCACGUCUCCGGAUCCAACCUUCAUUCUCAUUACCUAUCUAUGGCACGCACUUUAUGCCUGGGACGAAGCACUGGAGACUUUAUACCAGUACGUUUGCUGGCUGGAAUCUCGAGUCAUCAAAACGUCAGAGAUGGCCUUGACCCAAGAGCUACAUAUCAUUCGUGCACAUCAUUUGUAUCACUCUGAACUCCUCACUGAAUUCGCCAAGACGGUGCGAUUCGUCCUCAACACGCCGAACCCGGCGAUGGACUCGGAAUCCAUCACCGAAGAGGUCCGUUUGCAUUCGAGAAACCGAAUCGAGGCAGAAUGUCGUACCCUCUUGUCAGAGAUAGAGCGCUUGCAGAAAGGGAGAAAAUCGCAAGACCAGAGACUGAAGAAUGUAAUGAACUUGGUGUUCAGCUCGGUCACCAUCAAGGAUAGUAGGCGUAUGCAACUCCUCACGCAAGCAGCCGUCAAAGAUAGCGCAGCUAUGAAGCAGAUUGCAUAUCUCACCAUGCUGUUCCUCCCCGCCACCUUCCUCGCUACGGUCUUCGGGAUGAACAUCCAAGAAGUAACUGAUGGUGGCAGGCAAACGGCACAUCACUACAUUACGGGGACCUUGAUACUGACAUCGGUAACUAUCUGGGGAAUCAUGGCGUUCCAGAGUGCGGAAUGGACUGAGAAACCUGAGGAGGCGACCAUACUGCACCGAAUCUUCUGGCCUUAUCUUUUGGUGAGGCGGAUCCUAGGGAGAGGCCAAAGGGAAGGAGACGAAGAAGAAAAAAGACUCGAGAGGUUGAGUGAGAGGGGUGGCGUCACGAAGAUGGAUGAAGUUUAA